GUCUGUCUGGGGCAGGCAAAACCACUGUGAGUAUGGCCAUAGAGGAAUUUUUGGUGUGCCAUGGCAUUCCCUGCUAUACCCUUGAUGGUGAUAACAUUCGCCAAGGGCUUAACAAGAAUCUUGGCUUCAGUCCUGAAGACAGAGAGGAGAAUAUCCGACGGAUUGCAGAAGUGGCUAAACUUUUUGCUGAUGCUGGACUUGUGUGCAUUGCUAGUUUUAUUUCACCAUACAGCCGGGACCGAGCAAAUGCUAGAAAGAUUCAUGAAGCCGCUGGUUUGCCAUUCUUUGAGGUGUUUGUUGAUGCUCCAUUAGACGUUUGUGAACAAAGAGAUGUUAAAGGAUUGUACAAAAGAGCGAGAGCUGGAGAAAUUACAGGUUUUACUGGAAUAGAUUCAGAGUAUGAAAAGCCAGAAUCUCCAGAACUUGUUUUAAAAACGGAUUCAUGCACAGUGAAUGAAUGUAUUCAGCAAGUUAUAGAUCUCUUGCAGGAAAAG